CCCUGCGUCCCCCUUGCCGCCGCAGUGACUGACUGAGUCGGCGGGUCAGGCUCGGACUGGUCGCCCAGCCCGCAGGCUCGCUCUCUCCGUCGCGUCCCCAAAGCUCGCGCCCAUCGUUCUCCCGGCUUCCCUGGGCAAAGCAUGUAGCCCCCGACGGGCGCCGAGGCGGCCCGCAGCUGACGCCCACCCCCCACCGUCGCAUGUGUGCCCGUGUGUGCGUGUGUGUGCGCAGGGAGGGCGACCCUGCCGCGGGCCCGAGGCCCAGUCGGCGAGCGGCCUGUCCCACUGUCGGGAACCCGCCUCUCCGGGCCUCCCUCCUUCCCCAUCCCGGUCCCCCUCCUCGGGGCCUUCUAUAUGGGCCACCUUCUCUCGAAGGAGCCGCGUAACCGCCCGAGCCAGAAGAGGCCUCGCUGUUGCAGCUGGUGCCGUCGUCGCCGCCCUCUCCUCAGGCUGCCCCGCCGGACCCCGGCCAAGGCGCCCCCACAGCCGGCGGCGCCCCGGAGCCGGGACUGCUUCUUCCGCGGGCCCUGCAUGCUCUGCUUCAUCGUGCACAGCCCCGGCGCUCCCGCCCCCGCCGGCCCAGAGGAGGAGCCGCCGCUCUCGCCGCCGCCGCGGGACGGGGCCUACGCUGCGGCCGCCUCCCCUCAGCACCUGGCGCGGCGCUGCGCGGCCCUGGCCGCCGAGGACUGCGCUGCCGCUGCCCGUCGCUUCCUACUCUCCUCGGCCGCCGCCGCCGCGGCCGCCGCCGCCUCUGCCUCGUCGCCCGCCGCUUGCUGCAGAGAGCUGGGGCUGGCUGCGGCCGCCGCCUGGGAGCAGCAGGGCCGGAGCCUCUUCUUGGCCAGCGUGGGGCCCGUGCGCUUCCUGGGGCCGCCUGUCGCGGUGCAGCUCUUCCGGGGGCCGCCACCGCCGCCCGCCGAUCCCCCCACGCCCCCUGAGAUGGUGUGCAAGCGGAAGGGGGCCGGGGUGCCCGCCUGCACCCCUUGUAAGCAGCCCCGCUGUGGCGGUGGGGGCGGCGGCGGCGGCGGGACGGCGGGAGGGGGCGCCUCGCCUCCGCGGCCCCCCGAUGCCGGUGGCUGCCAGGGCUCCGAGCAGCCGCCCCAACCUCUCUGCCCCCAGCCCUCCUCUCCCACUUCCGAAGGUGCCCCCGCCGAGGCCGGCGGGGACGCAGUCCGAGCGGGGAGCGCCGCCCCCUCGCCUGCCCAGCAACAGCACGAAGGCGGCGACGCGGACUGUCAGGACCCCCGCGGAAACCCCUGCGAUUGCCCUAGGGAGCCGCCCCCCGAAACCCCAGACAUCAACCAGCUGCCGCCAUCCAUCCUGCUCAAGAUAUUUUCCAAUUUAUCCCUGGAUGAACGUUGCCUUUCUGCAUCGUUGGUUUGCAAGUAUUGGCGUGACCUUUGUUUAGAUUUCCAGUUUUGGAAGCAGCUGGAUCUUAGUAGUCGUCAGCAGGUUACUGAUGAAUUAUUGGAAAAAAUUGCAUCAAGAAGUCAAAAUAUAAUUGAAAUCAACAUUUCUGAUUGUCGAAGUAUGUCUGAUACUGGUGUGUGUGUUCUAGCAUUUAAGUGUCCUGGACUUCUUAGGUACACAGCCUACAGGUGUAAACAGCUUUCUGACACCUCUAUUAUUGCGGUUGCCUCUCACUGCCCUUUACUUCAGAAAGUUCAUGUGGGCAACCAGGACAAACUAACUGAUGAAGGACUCAAACAGCUGGGCUCAAAAUGCAGAGAACUGAAAGAUAUUCAUUUCGGCCAGUGUUACAAGAUCUCAGAUGAAGGCAUGAUCGUCAUAGCUAAGGGCUGCCUGAAAUUACAAAGAAUAUACAUGCAAGAAAACAAAUUAGUGACAGAUCAGUCGGUGAAAGCCUUUGCUGAGCACUGUCCGGAACUUCGGUAUGUGGGCUUCAUGGGCUGUUCGGUUACUUCCAAAGGAGUCAUUCACCUAACUAAGCUAAGAAACCUUUCCAGCUUGGACCUACGUCAUAUCACUGAACUGGAUAAUGAAACCGUGAUGGAAAUUGUCAAGAGAUGCAAAAAUCUUAGCUCUCUCAAUCUCUGUCUGAACUGGAUCAUAAAUGACAGGUGUGUGGAGGUCAUUGCAAAGGAAGGACAAAACCUGAAAGAGCUGUAUUUGGUGUCCUGUAAAAUCACAGAUUAUGCACUGAUAGCCAUUGGGCGAUACAGCAUGACAAUAGAGACUGUGGAUGUUGGAUGGUGUAAAGAAAUUACAGAUCAAGGAGCCACCCUGAUUGCGCAGAGCAGCAAGUCUCUGAGAUAUUUGGGGCUGAUGAGAUGCGAUAAAGUCAAUGAAGUGACGGUGGAGCAGCUGGUGCAGCAGUACCCCCACAUCACCUUCAGCACUGUCCUCCAAGACUGCAAGAGGACCCUCGAGAGAGCCUAUCAGAUGGGCUGGACCCCCAACAUGUCUGCCGCCUCCUCCUAACACCCCUGCCCAAGCUCAGGUCCGCGGGGAUCGUUCGGCAGGGCAGAGGGCAAGUGUAGGUUUGGGGUGGAUGACCUCUUGGAAAGGUUUUAAUUGUCACCUGUCUACGUGUAUACCCUAGUGUGUGUGUAUUUGUGUCUUGUUUGCAUACUGCAUAGCAUAAGCGCAAUUACUCUUUAUUCCCAGGUGAGCUGGUGUUUUUCUUAAAAGUUAAAGAUUUUAAAAGCCACGAACUUUUUUGUUUUUAAGUUCAAAGGCUUAUUUCUCUAAAAAAAAUGUUUCUACCAUGGAAUCAAAAUAUUGAGUCUAUUAUUUUGAGCUUCUAAUUCCUGCCACUUGGUGAUGCCCCAAAAUGAAGGCAACUGCUUUCUUUUCUGAUUAGGAAGACUUGUGCGCUUCUGCUGAUGACUAGAACAUAAGUGAUGUUACACUAGUUAGAAGCCUGGAAACCAGACAUUUUCAAAUUUUCAAGCACAUGCACACAUACAUAGGUUCUUCCACUCCCUUAUAUACAUGCACAUGUGCAUGCACACGCUCACCAGGGCAGUUUCUUUCUAGCUCAUUUCCUGACGAGGGGCCUUCCUCCAGGCCCCUGAGGGAGCAUGCCAUCCGCUGUGGCUCUGCCUAACGCCCUGUAUCCGCAGGCAGCCCACCUGCUGUCUGGUAGAUGACGUAGGUACUAGAGAUGAUUUUUGUGACAUUUUUAUAUGGAGGCAACAAUCCCCUGGCCAGCUCACAAAAGUUAAUUAUUCAUUUACAAAUGCGUUCUGUUGAAUAUUUCAGUUGAGUUAUAUAUGUUAACAUUGUGUUAGCUUUUACUUCAUGGAUGGUAACUGGUCUGGAUACAUUUUAAUGAUAUUUGGAACUCAGCAUUAUCCACGUUAAAGCCACCAAUGUAUUUAAUAGUGUGAAAUUUUUUUAAAAAUCUACAGAUCAUUUAAUUAUUUUUCUUAAUUUGGGUAAUUAUGAAAUUAUAUUUCUGAGAUUUGGGGAUAGUCACAUUAAUAGAAUAUUAAUGAGUGAGAUGUAAGUAGACAAUCUUUUUUCUUUGCUUUGAGCUUUAGAACAGGUUUUUUGGUUAUAUGCAUGUUAUUUUUUUUUAAUAGUUCUUAUGCUACUGCAAAGAUCUAUUGCUGGUUAAUAUGUGAGUUAAGAAAAAUUAUAAAAUCUUUUCAUUAAAAUUGUUUAAACGUGUCAGAAAUAAGCAUUUCUUUGUUUAAAGAUUGACACCCUUCAGUUAAGAAAAUAUCUAUCAGUAAAUGAAUAUAUGUUUUGAUUUCACACAUCUUUAGAAUUAAUUCAUAGUAGGGACUCAGGCUCAAAUAACCUUUCCUGUGUCUAGAUUUAUAAUCAAGACAGGAGGGAGCCUUUUUAUGCUUAAGAGUGAUUAUCUUUCCCAGUAGGGCUAGAUACAAAACCCUGACUUGUGAGUUUGCUAUUUAUUCUUCCCCAGUGUGGGCAUAGCUGUAUUUUGGUCUUUAACAGGUAUACUAAGGUUUGAGUUUCACUUUCCAUAAGUCCCAAUAUUGCUAAAAUGAGACUAGCUGUAAGAAACAAAAAAUAGCUUUGCAUUCAAACACCCUUCACUUACUUAUAAUGACUCCAAAAAAUGUAAACAACUGUUUUCUUUUGAUUAUGUCAACAUGUUUCUGAUGGGGCUUUUUUUUUUUCUUUUAAUCCAAAUCAGUUAGGAAAAUCUAGUCAGUAUCCACCAAGGGUAUUGUUUCUGUCACUAAAUGGAUUACUAACUUAAUUUGAAGGGAAUAAAGUUGUGUAAGGAAAAAAAAGCUGUUUACGCUUAAUAAACUACGAUUCUUCUUACACAUCAAACUGUAUUGUUUUCAUUUCCCCUCCACUGAAAAAUACCUUAAAUCACAUUUUAACUGGUUUUUAAUCCAAUACUAAUUUAUAGGGCAGUAUGUAUAGUAAUAGUAGCUUGAGUGAAUAAGCAAAAGUUUAAUUUUUAUAUGUCACACUAUAUUUUAAAUAGUUAAAAAAAAUAAGGGAGAGCCAUUGAUAAUACAGAUGGUGCCAUUUCAUUGCAAAGUUGUAAUAAUCUUUGGAGUGUUACAGUUUGGUUGUCAAAUGGUUUCAGAAGUGUAUAAUUGAUUUUUUAAAAAUAUUACAUUGUUUGAAUCUACAGUACAGCACUAUAAACAUGCUUUCGCUUGGGUUGGGUGGGGGGGGGACUUGCACUUAUUCUUUAAAAUGUUGACUAAUCCAGAAAGCCUGAUGCAGCAUAGCCUGGAAAACUGCUUUGGUAUAUUUGUAGAAAUCUGUAGAAAUACCACAUCCAGCCUCAAAGCAUUAAUCUCAAACACACACACAACACACACACACACCCCCGAAAAAACAUUACCUUGAGUGAUCCUGUGAUGGUUGUUAAAUGUGUUCUCAUUAGAUGCUUUGAAAUGAGGCCUAAAAUGAUUUUUCUGGGCAAUGUAGAGUUUCUUUCUUUCUUUCUUUCUUUUUUUUUUUUUUUGGCUUAGAAUGUCAUAAAUGUAUGUGAACACGUUUAAUGCAGGGCUUUUUAUCCUCUCCAAAAUGUCAACAGUAUUUUCAGAAUAAAGACUAUGAAAUAUACUGCUGUAGUAGAAAAUUCUGGUCCCUUGUCUUUAAUGUCUUUUUGAGUGGAUAAAGGAAAUUUAACUGGUUUGUAGUUUCUAUAUUUCUGUGAAUCUUUUGACCUUGCAAUGGGUCGCAAUA